CCAAGGUCAUUCUCUUUCUGCUUAAAUUGCAUUGUCACAAUUCCUUCUUUCUGCUCAACCAUGCCGCCUUCGCGACUUCAUCAUACCCUGCUACUUGCCCACCCACGACCCUCUCUCCUAUGCCUGCGAAGAAUAUCUCCCCUUCGUCACGUCUCCACCGAACCAUCCUCCGCCCAGCCAACCGCACUACCCUGGAAGACACCACACAGCAUAACAGCAUGGCCGCCAGAACCUCUUAUCCCUCCUCCAAAAGAAGGCGAGCUUCUACUUGAACGAAAGCCGAAUCGAGAUCUACCACCUCUCCCACCCUUCAUACCCACGCAAAUAACCCGCACAUUUCCGAUCUUUGUGCUUGUAAUGGGUAUCUCCAUCUUCGCCUUCUUUAAUUACCAGAAACAGGAAUCCUCCGUCGUCACCUCGACCCUCUACUCUCUCCGCACGAAUCCGCUGGUCAGGCAAGAAUUGGGAGAUGAGAUAUAUUUCGCUUCCAAGUACCCGUGGAUCAAGGGCGAGAUUAAUCAGGUACAUGGGAAGAUUGAUAUUAGUUUUUGGGUGAAGGGGACGAAGAGCCAAGGCCAGGUUAGGCUGAGGUGUCGGAGGAGGGGGAGGAGUGGUUAUUUUGUGACACAGGAAUGGAGUCUUACCAUGGAUGAUGGGAAGGUGUUUCAGUUAUAUGAUCCCGAAGGGAAUGCUGUUGAUCCAUUCAAAGAUCCGCUCGGCGAAUAGAAAGGCUGAUGGAGAAGACGGAGACUAGGUUUGUGUUUUGGCAGCCGGGUAAGCGCUGUUCACAAUUGCAAACGCAAAAUGAAGUUCUUAGAGGAAGAAAAGACGCCAUUGGGCAUGCCGGAGCACGAGCUCGACUUGACAAGGCCAAACAUAAUAAACUAUGUGCGUGGAUGUAUGACUAUCUGUAAAUAUCCCUCCAAGAUCACACAAAUUAAAAUAUUCAUCAUGAAGAAUUUUGUCCUCUUAAUACAAAGGAAAAUGAUCGAUCUGGGUCUCAUCUAGCAUUGCCAACGCCAUUUCAACCGAAAAAGAAUGAGACCGCAUCCCUUUUUUCCGGAUGCGCCGUGAGACAGAGACCUUAAUGUGCCUGCCUAGCUGCCUGCCAUGCCGCUAAAAAUUGGCUUUUAGAAGUGGCGAGGUCUUAUGUAGUAAUAAAGUGAAG